GCCAAAAAAAAAUUCAAAUCCAAAGAAGUUUUUUUUAAAAAAAGGAAAAAAGCUACUCACUCCUACUUUCUACUCCCUUCACAUAAAAACCUCCCUCCAUCUUCUUUCUUCCUACUCCCUUAUUAUUCCUCCCUACCCAUUCUCUCUACUCUGUAAAUCCGCCCUUAUCUUUCUAUCAAUCAAAAUCACCAAAAAAUGCGAGUUUUUCUUCUUCUUAUUCUCUUUCUCCUCCUUAAUUUCAUUAAUGGAAGAACAUUACCAGAACACAAAGCUUUACUAGGUAUAAAAUCCGCCAUUACUGACGACCCACAAGCUUCUCUUUCUUCUUGGACAACAAAAACCCAUCAUUGUACAUGGGCAUUUAUUACUUGUUCUUCGUCUUUUCAUCAUCAAACUGUUGUUUCUCUCGAUAUCUCUGGUUUAAAUCUCACUGGAAUUCUUUCUCCUGAUAUUGGCUUUCUUACCAAUCUUCAAAACCUUUCUGUUUCAGCUAACGCAUUUUCUGGUCCUAUCCCACCUUCAAUCUCUCUUCUUACUGAACUUCGUUAUCUUAAUCUUUCCAAUAAUAUCUUCAAUGAAAGUUUUCCUUCUUCACUUUCUUCUUUGAGGAAGCUAAAUGUUCUUGAUGUUUAUAAUAAUAAUCUUACUGGGGUUCUUCCUUUAAGUGUUGUUCAAAUGCCGGAGCUCCGGCAUCUUCAUCUGGGUGGGAACUAUUUUUCCGGUGAGAUUCCGGUGGAGUAUGGUAGAUGGGAAAAACUUGAGUAUCUUGCGGUGUCUGGUAAUGAACUUCAAGGUAACAUUCCUGCAGAGAUUGGGAACUUGAGUUCACUUAAGGAGCUUUAUAUUGGGUACUAUAAUGGAUAUUCAGGUGGGAUUCCUCCAGAAAUUGGGAAUUUGACUGAAUUAGUGCGUUUUGAUGGUGCUAAUUGUGGGUUAUCUGGGGAAAUUCCAAAAGAAUUAGGGAAACUUCAAAAACUUGAUACUUUAUUUCUACAAGUAAAUACACUUUCUGGGUCACUUCCUUCUGAAUUAGGGUCAUUAAGUAGUUUGAAAUCCAUUGAUUUGUCUAAUAAUUUGUUGUCUGGUGAGAUUCCUGAGUCCUUUUCUCUCCUUAAAAAUUUGACCCUUUUGAAUCUUUUUAGAAACAAAUUACAUGGGGGUAUUCCUGAGUUUAUUGGAGAUUUGCCUUUAUUGGAAGUUCUUCAGUUAUGGGAGAAUAAUUUUACCGGGAGUGUGCCUGAAAAGUUGGGGAGUAAUGGAAACUUACAGCUUCUAGACCUUUCUUCUAAUAAACUUACUGGAAGUUUACCUCCAGAUCUUUGUAAUGGAGGAAAGCUUCAAACUCUGAUUACAUUAGGGAAUUUCUUGCUUGGUCCAAUUCCUGAUAGUUUAGGAAGCUGUAAAUCUCUUGCAAGGAUUAGAAUGGGGGAGAAUUUCUUAAAUGGGUCUAUUCCUAAGGGUUUGUUUGGUCUUCCUAAACUUACCCAAGUUGAGCUUCAAGAUAAUCUUUUAAAUGGGGAUUUCCCAGAAACAGAUGAUUCUGUUGCUGUUAAUUUGGGACAGAUUUCUCUAUCAAAUAAUCAGCUUACUGGGAAAUUACCUGCUAGUAUUGGGAAUUUUUCUGGUGUUCAGAAGCUGCUGCUUGACGGGAAUAGGUUUACAGGGAGUAUCCCUCCUGAGAUUGGGAAGUUACAACAGCUUUCCAAGAUUGAUUUUAGUAGCAACAAGUUUUCUGGUGAAAUCCCACCUGAGAUUAGCCAAUGUAAGUUGCUUACAUUUGUUGAUCUUAGUAGAAAUCAGUUUUCUGGUGAGAUUCCUAAGGAAAUAACUGGUAUGAGGAUAUUGAAUUACUUAAACAUUUCAAGGAAUCAUUUGAGUGGUAGUAUUCCUAAAUCAAUCUCUUCUAUGCAAAGUUUAACAUCUGUUGAUUUCUCAUACAAUAAUUUUUCUGGUUUAGUUCCUGAAACUGGGCAAUUUAGCUACUUUAAUUACACAUCUUUUUUGGGUAAUCCUGAUUUGUGUGGCCCUUAUUUGGGUCCUUGUAAAAGUGGGGUUGUUGGUUCUUCUCAUCCACCUCAAGGUAAAGGGUUAUCUGCUUCAAUGAAGCUUCUCUUAGUGAUUGGCCUUUUACUUUGUUCUAUUGUAUUUGCCAUUGCUGCCAUACUCAAAGCUCGCUCGCUUAAGCAAGCGAGCGACUCUCGAGCAUGGAAGCUUACCGCCUUCCAACGCUUAGACUUUACAGUUGAUGAUGUUUUGGAUUGUUUAAAAGAAGAAAACAUAAUUGGGAAAGGUGGUGCUGGGAUUGUUUACAAAGGGUCUAUGCCAAAUGGGGAUCAAGUGGCUGUUAAGAGGCUUCCUGCAAUGAGUAGGGGAUCAUCUCAUGAUCAUGGGUUUAAUGCUGAAAUUCAAACUUUAGGGAAGAUUAGACAUAGGCACAUUGUUAGACUAUUAGGGUUUUGCUCAAACCAUGAGACUAAUCUUUUGGUGUAUGAGUAUAUGCCUAAUGGAAGCUUAGGGGAGGUAUUACAUGGGAAGAAAGGAGGUCAUUUGCAUUGGGAUACACGGUAUAAGAUUGCUGUGGAGGCAGCAAAGGGGCUUUGCUACCUCCACCAUGAUUGCUCACCAUUGAUUGUUCAUCGCGAUGUUAAGUCGAACAACAUCCUUUUGGAUUCUAGCUUUGAGGCUCAUGUUGCUGAUUUUGGCCUUGCUAAAUUCUUGCAAGAUUCUGGUACUUCAGAAUGCAUGUCUGCUAUUGCUGGUUCCUAUGGUUACAUUGCCCCAGAAUAUGCAUACACAUUGAAGGUCGAUGAGAAAAGUGAUGUUUAUAGUUUCGGGGUUGUUCUCUUAGAACUCAUAACCGGUAGAAAGCCGGUAGGAGAAUUUGGCGAUGGGGUUGAUAUCGUUCAAUGGGUUAGAAAAAUGACCGAUGGGAUCAAAGAAGGAGUCCUCAAAAUCAUGGAUCCAAGACUCUCCUCCGUUCCACUCCAUGAAGUAAUGCACGUUUUCUAUGUCGCAAUGUUGUGUGUCGAAGAACAAGCAGUAGAACGACCUACUAUGCGUGAGGUAGUUCAAAUACUCUUGGAGAUCCCGAAACCACCCACCAUUACCAAACAAGGCGAUACCUCACCCAUGGAAUCACCUCCACGAACCACAAAUGUUGCUAUUUCUGCAACGAAAGAAAACCAACCACCACCAAGAUCACCACCGCCAGAUCUUCUCAGUAUUUAGUGUUAUUCCAAAGCGUACUCUACUCGAUCUCUCUCGAAAAAAUCAAUGAGAGUUGGUAUUAGCUUGAUUUUCAGUGUUUUUAGCUUGUUUGGGAAGAGGGUUUAGGGUGUUAGGAAGAUUGGUUUGUGCUAACUUUAAGGGGAAGUCUUAAAUGUUCUAUGUUUUAGUAAGAUUUUUCUGGGUUGUACAGUUUAAUAUUGGUUGGUGUUAGUUAUUAAAGUAAGUUUUUCAAAAAAGUUUGUCUUCUUGGUCUUAAAAUUUUUGUUUUAAGUGUAUAAUUAAAGAGAAUUCUGAAUUAGUGCAGUGAUUAAAGAUUUUUUCUUUUGGCAAUCACUCUUGUGAAAUAAAUAAGUUUGAUUCUCAGCA